AUGUGGGCAGUUUGUAUGGAGACUUAUAUGGAGGUUUUGGAUCUUUUGGAAGCAAUAGAAGAGAAUUACGAGGUCCCUUCACUUUCAGAAAAUCCUACUGUAGCACAAAUCAAAGUACAAAAGGAAAAGAAGACAAGAAAAUCAAAGGCAAAAGCUUGCCUAUUUGCAACUGUAUCUCAAAUGAUCUUCAUGCGAAUAAUGUCCCUCAAAAAAGAAAAGGAAAUUUGGGAUUACCUCAGUGCUGAAUACGAAGGAGAUGAGAGGAUUGGUGGAAUGAAAGUCCUGAAUUUGAUUAGGGAUUUCGAGUUGCAGAAGAUGAAGGACUCUGAGUCGGUGAAAGAGUACUCUAACAGACUUCUCAGCAUUGCUAACAAGGUGAGAUUGCUUGGUUCUGUGUUAAAUGAUUCUAGUAUCGUUGAAAAGCUUUUGGUUACUGUUUCAGAGAAGUUGAAGCCACCAUCACUACUCUGGAGAACACCAAAAACCUCACAAGAGCAUAGGUCUAUGAGGCAAGAAGGGGUGAUUGAAGGUGCCUUACCUGUUAAGCAUCAAAACAACAAGUAUAAAAAGAAGAAAAAUUUCAAAAAUCAAUCGAUGAAUGGAGAUUCAUCUGCCAAUUAUCAGAAGACAAAAGGAGGAGGUUCCGAAAAAACUCUAUCCACUUGCCGCCAUUGUGUGAAAAAAGGUCAUCCACUAUACAAGUGUUGGAGAAGACCUGACGCCAAAUGCUCCAAAUGCAAUCAACUUGGACAUGAAGCAGUGAUCUGCAAAGUCAAAGGUCAGAUGAAAGAAGUUGAUGCACAGAAAGAGAAUGAUGACAAAAAGGUAGAAGCUGACAUCUUUGUUGGGUAUAACAUUAUAUCAAAAGCUUACAGAGUUUUUCAACCACAUACUAGUCGUGUUAUUAUGAGCCGAGAUGUUCAUUUUGCUGGAAAUGAGCAAUGGAAUUGGGAAGAACUAACGAAGGUGAAACAGAUUUCUAAUGCACUAAACAAUUUAAUCUUUGGUAGCAUGUUAGAAGAGUCUGAAGAUGAACGACAAGAUACUUUGGUUGAUGAUGCACCUAUCAGAGGAGGAGUUUUCGGUGAUCGAGAAAAUAAAACCUAG